CACGCAUGGUUCUUACAUUCUCAGAGGCAAAGAUCAAAUUAAAGAACGCUGCUGCAGAGAAUAUAUAUAUAUAUAUAAUUGAAGUGGAAAUGUAUGCCAUGGCUGCAAAGGAGAUGAAGAGUGAAGGCGCAGAGAGGUGUGGACGGCGGCGACCGAUACGCGGCGAGGUGGAAGAUGAAGCCGCAAACCCCGGAGGAGACAGGCGGAUAAAGAGACGAAGACGAGAUGCAGAAAGCUGCGAGAUACAGACACAGAAACAACAAGAUUUAGCUGUUGAGACGACGAGGACCACAACAACGUUGGCGGGUCCUCCUACUGUUAAGAGGAGUUCGAGGUUUCGAGGGGUUAGCAGGCACAGAUGGACUGGCAGAUAUGAAGCGCAUUUAUGGGACAAGCUCUCCUGGAAUGCCACCCAGAAGAAGAAAGGCAAACAAGUUUAUCUCGGAGCUUAUGAUGAAGAAGAAGCUGCAGCAAGGGCAUAUGAUUUAGCAGCAGUCAAGUACUGGGGGACAUCAACUUGCACUAAUUUCCCGAUCUCUGAAUAUGAGAAAGAAAUUGAGUUCAUGCAAACUGUGACAAAAGAAGAGUACCUGGCCACAUUAAGAAGAAAAAGCAGUGGGUUUUCAAGAGGAGCAUCAAAGUACAGAGGUGUUGCUAGACAUCAUCAUAAUGGAAGAUGGGAAGCAAGAAUAGGAAGAGUUUUUGGGAACAAAUACCUCUACUUAGGCACUUACAGUACCCAAGAAGAGGCAGCUCGAGCAUAUGACAUUGCAGCAAUAGAAUACAGAGGCAUGAACGCUGUCACGAACUUUGAUCUGAGUACUUAUAUCAGAUGGUUGAAGCCAGGGGUGAACAGCCCUCUACUCGAUAUUUCACAAGAAAGCAAGCCAAACGCGGUGCCUGAGGCAUUGCUAGCCUCCAACUUCCAUUCAACAAUGGCGGUCAACAUCUCCCAAACAGAACCUUACAGGGCAGAUGACAAUGAACAAGUAUUUGAAGCAAAAUUGCCUAUUAAUGGAUGCAGAAAGUCGUCUUCUCCAACCGCACUUAGCCUGCUCCUCAGGUCUUCCAUAUUCAGAGAACUGCUCGAGAAGAACUCGAACAUCUCAGACGAAGAAGAAGACGACAGAAAAACUGUAUAUGGAAACCAACAAAACGAUCUGGUAUGUAACGGAGAUGAGUAUGGCACCACCGCAGAUAUCUAUGAUGCAACUGCAGACGAGAUCCCUUUUCUGCUUUCAGUUCCGUUUCAACUGUGACAGUUCAGAGAAUGUUGUGGGAACAAUCUUAUAAGCAAAACCACUGAAAAUGAAGUGAAAUGAAAUGUUAUCAUUGCUUUCUUGUGUUGUGUGAUAACGGCAUGUUUGGCAGACACCUUUUAAAGUUAACUUUGUCAGCCCAAAAAGACAACAUUUGAAAAGCUGGUUGGAUUGUAGUUUUCAUCUUCAACUGUUAAAAGCAAAACUGGCAUAGAAAUCCCAGAAUCUAUUGCUAAGAAAUUAAAAAGAAAGAAAAAAAAAAAAACACACAGCAAACCUGUAGCAAGAGAUUCAUGAGUCAAGCAUCUGCACAUUACAAAACAGAAA